AUGGAGCUGGAGUUAACUCAGUCGAGUGAAGUGAAAAACUGCAGCCUCACUCAGCCAAACACCACUCAAACUCUCCAUCAUUUCCCUUCCCAACAAAAACUACCGCCUUUCCCCUCCAUCACUCACCCAAACCCUGGUUUCAGCACCCUCCAUGCAAGCCCUAAAAUCUCUCCUCCUGAUUUCAACAGACCUUCCAUCCCCUUUGCCGGGUUCUUGCCCAAUUCCCACCUCACCGACGAGCUCUCUUUAAACUCAUCUCCCUGCAACAACUCCACCACCUUUGAUGACGCCAGCAAAGAUCAAAUUCACCCUUAUCACUUUGACCAUGUCAGCAAUGCCAUCCAUGAGAGGAGGCUGAGAAGGAUGAUAUCGAACCGGGAGUCUGCGCGGAGGUCGCGGCUGAGGAAGAAGAAGCAGAUCGAAGAGCUCCAAAUGCAAGUGAACCAGCUCCGAGGUGCCAACAACAAUCUCUCUGAGAAACUCAUUGGCCUUCUGGAGAGCAAUCAGCAGAUCCUCCAAGAGAAUGUUCAACUCAAAGAGAAGGUCUCUUCGCUCCAGGUCAUCGUGAGCGACCUAUUGGCCCCCUUCAGGAAUGUGGAAGAAGUUGCUUGCAUUCUCAAGUCUGAAGCAUCGAACCGAUCGGUGCAGUGACACAUGGACAAGUUG